AUGAAUAAAAAAACAGCCCUGUGCAACUCAGACACCCAUGUUAUCCUAUUAGUAGAGUUCUUGCUGUGGACAGGUAGGGUGAAUGGUGGCUGGUGGCAAUGCAGUGAAGAGCGACUUGUUUAUACAAGUGACUUUCUCCACUCAACAACAGUAUUAGCAGGUAGUUAUCUCUCUUACAAUCUAUCUGACCCCAUUCUAAUACAGCACUCAUGUGGACGGUAUUUCUCUGGAGGCAUUCCUCCAGCUCUGUACCUUGGGGAAAAAGUAUUCAUCAGCUUGGAUAGAUUUGAAAGUAGUCUUUUGCCACUGACCAUUUUACAUAAUCUUGUGACUCCACCUGCUUUAGUCAGUGAUGCUACAUUUGUGCAAAAUUCUCGAGUGCUCAUAGUGAUAAAUGGAAAAGUCUAUAUAUAUUUCUAUAAAUGGAAAACCUGGUUAAUAUCAGAUGGGAUUAAUAAACCCAUUACUAAGAUUACAAACAUGGAUUGCUGCUAUUCUACAAGUGAUCCUGUCUGUAAUCAAGUCAGUAAUUAUGUUCUGGCAUAUGACUCAGGGAAUAUAGCUGAAGAAAGCAACAUCUUCUACUCAGAUGAUGGAGGUUACUCAUUUGCUAAGUUCUACAUUACCCCAUUCCCUAAAGGCAUCCUUAUUGCAGCCUACAAUUUUGUUUCAAUAGCACAGACUGGAAUGCUCUUCAAUCAAACUGAGAAUAAUGGUAAUGGGUCGGCUUAUUUCAUAUACAGUGGCACAAGCUAUAUGAACAAUCGCAAAGGUGUCAUCUUCUCAUUGAGAGCCUACAAAAAUGAGAGUGUUUUGAGCAUAAUGCCUCCUGGUUUGAGAGGUUUUAUCAUGCUUUGGACUAAACAUGAUUUAGUGUUCUCCUUCAACAAUGGACUGACUUUAGAACCCAUCUCUGUCCUUCCCACAGAGAAGUACGUUAACGAGUCACUCCCUAAGUAUGAAGAAGGUAUUUGUAAUGUGGCUGUCACCAGCAGUGAGGUCGCAGCCCUCACCAAGAAUCAGAAGCUUUUCUAUGGAACGCUGGAUAUAGUCUCCACAAAAAUGGUGCUAAUUGGAGAGAGAAAUAGUAGUGAGAGUGCAACCCACUGUGAUGUGUUAAUGUUUGAUACCACUGGAAUGCUUACCAUUUUCAAUCCUGUCCCCAGCAAUGAAACUGGAUUUUAUAAUUUUCACAAAUGCACCAUCAACUUACAGGAUCGGCUCAUGAAUGUGCGGCCACACCUGCAGCCCUGUCCUGUAGAGAUCCUCAGUGGUGAUUUCCAUAACAAAAUGUACUAUAUAGACAUGAAGAAGGAGCUUCAUUUUAACAUCACAUUUGUGCCCAAGCCAGGCACUGGGGCUUUCCCAUAUGUAACUGUGAGCAACCCACAUGUGCUGGGAUUUCAGGCAAAACUUUUGCAGGAUGGCUAUACCUAUGAUGGAAACAUUAAGUACUGCCUACAAGUUACAGCGCUACAACAGCAGUUCACAAGCAUAGCUGAACGUAGCUUUCAGGAUGACCUUUUUCAUACAAGAAUUUCUACCCUCACUGUGGACAUCUACAACAAAGGCAUAUUCUGCAUUGACAUGCAUCCAUUGACAGCUCUUAUUGCAAUGGACUGUCCACCUACUAAACAUAUUAGACCUUUUAAAAAUAUAACAGUGUGCAACAAAGGAUUCUUACAUGAAGCCAGACUACGGAAUAAUUUCUAUUAUACAAUUCAUCGGGAUAUAUAUGAUCCAGCAUUCCUUGGUAGACAGCAUCUAGAUCAAGAUGACCUUAACAUUUCCUACCCUUAUAAACGUUUAGGAUGUCCAAUUCUCUGGUAUUAUGAUAGCCCAUGGCUUCCAGUACUUGAACUGUGGGAAGAUGAUAAAUUUGUGGAAUAUGUUUCUGCUGACUUUGUACUGUUUGAAAUAAAUGGAAUGCAUAAUUAUGAUUAUCUCCUGACUGCAUCAGAAGCUAAAUGUAUCUCACAGCCUCAGAACUGGACCAGAACUUUUCAAAUGCAACCUUAUCCAGACCCACAUACUUCAUGGAACAGAAUUAGCUAUAGAAAUUGUAAGGUGCCCAAUGAGGAGGGACCUUUAGUAGCAUCUUCUUUAAAAUACCAAGUUCUAAACCUUAAUGAAGAGAAUAGGAUAAUAUUUUCACAGUACAAUGGCAUAUAUGUCUUCAAAGUCAUUGUUGUAGACACAGUAUAUAGUUACUGUGAACUAUCAACUGUUUUCAGUGUAUACGUGCUUGGUGCCCACCCAAAAUCACAGAUAAACCCUAUAGGUAUGCUAAUUGGUGUCCUAAUUCUUAUAUUGGGUUCAAUUUUGAUGGGAUAUUUCUUUCCUAAAUUAUUACAUUUGAGAGAAAAUGCAGCCAUUAAAACCUUUUAG